UAGUUAAAAAGAUACGGCCUCUACCGGGCCACCUCGAAGCUUCCUUCAUCUCUCUUUCUAUCGAACACACACACAAUUUCCGAUCAAUUUCCCAAAGUCUCUCGUAAUCGAAUCCUUGGAAAGAUGACCACAUUCAGCGGGGACGAAACAGCUCCGUUCUUCGGCUUCCUCGGCGCUGCGGCUGCCCUCGUUUUCUCUUGUAUGGGUGCCGCAUAUGGCACUGCAAAGAGCGGUGUGGGCGUGGCGUCGAUGGGAGUGAUGCGGCCCGAGCUUGUGAUGAAAUCCAUUGUGCCCGUUGUUAUGGCUGGCGUGUUAGGUAUCUACGGUUUGAUCAUUGCGGUUAUUAUCAGUACGGGGAUUAACCCAAAGGCCAAAUCUUAUUACCUUUUCGACGGGUAUGCCCACCUCUCGUCCGGUCUCGCUUGUGGUCUUGCUGGCCUUUCCGCUGGUAUGGCUAUCGGUAUCGUUGGCGAUGCCGGUGUGAGAGCAAAUGCACAACAGCCAAAGCUUUUUGUUGGAAUGAUUCUUAUUCUCAUCUUUGCCGAGGCCUUGGCCUUGUAUGGCCUCAUUGUUGGUAUCAUCCUUUCUUCCCGAGCUGGCCAAUCGAGAGCAGAUUAGAGAAAGGUUUUCUGUCAGUGGCUGGUUUUGGCAUUGCAUAUGUGACUUCAGGUCCGUGAUGCAUACAAAGUGUGCGGUGUUGUGUCAACUUAUUCAUUUUCGACGUGAUCUUUUAAUUAUGCUAUCUAGAUUUUCUGAACUAAUUUGGAGCCAAGUUUCCUUCAGAAUAAAGCUUUUGAAGCUGCUGCUUUAGCUAUUGUUGUAUUUUAGAUUAUAGUUCAAAGUAGUCUAAAAACCUUCUUUGUAGCAAAACGCUCCUAAACAUUUUAUUUAUAUUUCUGAUUUUAAUUAAUAUACCUGAAGUCAUUUUUCUA